UUCAAGCCAUUUCUUUUUGAUCAUACCCUAUUGAUGUGCCCACUAAUCUCAAAGAAACAGUCUGAUGGACACGGUAUGUGGUAAAGGAGGGACAUUGGAUGGUGACACACUGAUGGUCAGCAUUAAACAAGAGGAAGAAGACGAUAUGGAGCAGAUGUCCAAUGGUCCAUUGUCAUCUGACAUGCUCAUCAAACAGGAGAAAGAAGAGGGCCUAGAACAAGGCAGUACAGCUCCGGACGACCAACCCUCUAAGGAUGAACCAGACACCCUGGAAGAAGCAGAGGAGGUUAAAGACAGAGGAGAGGUCCUGGUCUGCUGUUGAGACUGAGGAUGUCUCGGGGUCAGACUCGAGUUGGCGCUGCAGACUGUGUCAGCGCUGCUUCAGUUCCUCCUGGGAGCUGACGGGACACUGCUGUACCGGCAUCGCGGGGGAGGACGGGGUCGCCAACGGCCACAAGGUCAAACUGGAGUUCCGGUGCCCAGUGUGUGGCGACCGCUUCCUCCGGCCCACUGCCUUCAUCAUGCACAAGCGCAGCCACAUGGGCCAGUCCCAGUACGUCUGUGGGGUCUGUGGACGGACACUCAAGAGCCUGCGCAAGCUGGCCUCCCACAGGCGCUCACACCCCCGCUGCCGCAGGCCUGUGGCUGAACGACAGCAGUGCCAUGACUGACUGCAGCCGGAGCUUCUGCAACCUGACGGCACUCAGAAGCCACCGGGAGAGACAGCACGGAGAGGAGAGGAAUUGGGAGGAUGAGGCGGACAGGGCGGUGAGAGAGGGAGAGGAGGGAAGCACUGCAGUGAUAUCUAAUGAUUCAACCAGAGUUUCAGCACAGCCUCCCCAGUCUCCUCAGUGCUUCAUGACCUUUCGGGAUGCAGAGACAGAAGAGAGGCAUUUACGCUUCAAGCACCCAGUGGAGUAUGAGAGACAUCUCCAAGGUCGCACAGUGUUUGCCUGCUGUGUCUGCGACCUUACGUUCCCGUCCUCCCGCCUGCUCUCAGCUCACCAACGCACCCACAGCAAGUGGAGUCUGCCCCCCACUGGCCUAGAAGUCUCUUUGCAAGAAAGCACAGGCAGAGGAGAGGCAGAGGGUAUAUAG